AUGGACGCCCACGAAGAUGAUAGCGACAUCAAGCUUCAGAAGAUUUCAACCGACCUCAUCGCAGACUUCUCCAGAUCAUUGCCCCUCUUCCUUCGCAAGCCCGACGGUCAGACUCUCCGCAACCGGGUUCGCACCUCAGAGACUGCGCGUCUAACCUCAAGUCUCCUCGAUCCUUUCCAAGAACUUCCUCAACUGCUUGACCCUCAUCUCCCGACCUGGCUACCUCUGCUCGCAACGACCUAUCUCGCUCAUCUCAACACCCGUAUUCGCAAUCCGAAGCAGCUCUCAACUCGCUCUCAGCUACUGGAGCCCCUGAACCUCGCCAUAUCAAAGCUUCUCUACACGUUCACCAAGAUACGCGGCGAAAAGGUUGUUGUGCGUUUCCUCAACGUUGAGACCCGGCAUAUCGAACCUCUUCUUUCAGCUCUUGAGUCUGCAGAGCGGUCUGCCUCGCCUAAAUCUUCUCGUCCCUCACUCAGCCCCUUGUCCCCGCAGUCCAAUACGCAGCAAUGGUCCUGGGAAGAGCGAUACCUCGUUCUUCUAUGGCUCUCUCAUCUCCUUCUUGCCCCCUUCGACCUCUCCACAAUCUCCUCCGCUGCGGCAGACGAACAGCUCACUCUCCCUUCGAUCCCAAACUUCACCUGGCCGUCCUCCGAUCUUCCCGGCAUCACGGUCCGCAUUCUCCCGUUGGCGAUCAAGUAUCUUGCUUCUCCUGGUAAAGAACGCGAUGGCGCCCGCGCUCUCCUCGUUCGCAUCGCCAUGCGACGAGACAUGCAAUCUCAAGGCGUUCUCACUGCUCUCGUUCAGUGGUCUCUGGCCUCCCUCAAUCCAUCCCCGGACACCACCCCGCAGCCACCAUACUUCUACAUUGGCGUUCUCUCUUUCCUUGCCGGCGUGCUGAGAUCGUCUAUCAACACGUCUGACAUGGACGCCUACCUCUCCUCAAUCUUCCGUGCCGCGCAUGCAGUGGCCUCCUCCGACGUCGAAGAAACCCCUGUCUCAGCUGCCAUCCGCUCCGUCGCGGUUGCACGGAAGAUGCUGAUCAAAGUCAUCCGCUCCGUUACUGUUCUGCUUCUCCGUAAAUCACCACCAGACCCAGAUAGCACAGAGCUCAUCGAAACAUCUAUCGGAUACUUCCUCGAAUGUCUAGCUGACAACGAUACUCCCGUUCGCCUGGCUGCAUCCAAAGCACUCAGCAUCGUCACCCUCAAACUCGACCCAGACAUGGCUUCUCAGGUCGUCGAUGCAGUUCUUGACUCUUUGAACCGCAACGUCCUCUGGGUUCGCGAACCUGGGAGCUCUCAAGGACUUAAAACCCGCGACCUCGCGGCCGUGGAUCCCCUCGAAUGGCAUGGUUUGAUGCUAACCCUCUCGCACCUGCUCUACCGCCGAUCUCCUCCCGCUAGUCAGCUUCCAGAUAUUGUUCAUGGCCUGCUCCUCGGCUUGUCCUUCGAAAAGCGGAGCACUUCUGGAGGUUCCGUUGGAACCAACGUCCGCGACGCUGCGUGUUUUGGUAUCUGGGCCUUAGCUCGAAGGUACACUACCUCCGAACUCCUCGAAGUCGCCAUGUCUUCCGUCGUUGCUGCUCGGCCUCACAGCCAGGACGCUUCCAUCCUACAAGUUCUCGCUACGGAGCUGGUUGUCACAGCAUCACUCGACUCAGCAGGCAACAUUCGCCGUGGUGCCUCGGCAGCUCUGCAGGAGCUGAUCGGACGGCACCCAGACACGGUGGAGAAGGGAAUCUGGGUCGUCCAGACGGUCGAUUACCAUGCCGUUGCCCUGAGAUCCCGCGCCAUUCACGAGGUAGCUCUGAAUGCUACGAAGCUAUCAUCGCAAUACGGCAUCGCCCUUCUAGACGGCUUACUCGGAUGGCGAGGAAUAGGCGAUGCCGAUGCAACCUCUCGUCGGGUGGCUGGCACGUCCUUUGGCAUGCUCACGCUGGCACUUGCUCAGCAGAACGGUUCUGGCCCUGUUGAACAGUUCACGUCGUCCAUUGACAGAAUUAUGGCCCGCCUUCGCGCGCUGCAAACUAGACAAGUCGAUGAAAGGCACGGCCUGUUACUCUGCCUCGCUUCGGUACUCGAUAAGUUCCCUGAGCUGCUAGCCAUCGAGACGGAUGGGAAAGCGAACGAGCUGAUCAACCGCACUAUUCGCGAGCUGGAAACAAUUUUCAAAGACUUCCAGGCGACGACCUAUCGUCGACCAGAACUAGUCGCUGAAGCCUCCAGCCGUCUGAUAACAUCAUCCCUCCCCAUUCUUCAAGCAGCUACCUUGCCCCUCAGCGGCGAGUCGACCAUCCAGUCAGGCUAUACAGUCGUCUCAACUUCCAACACCCAAUCUCUGCUCGCCAUCAUGGAGGCAAUUGGGAAGCUCACUGAAAUCCCCGCAGCCGUAACAUCCAUUUCCUCGACCUUCGCUCCUGUGAUCUCGGCCGGCCUCUCCCGCCCCGAGAAAGAAGCUAUCGCAGCAUCCUCCGAAGCAGCCCUAGUCCACCUCAUCUUCUCUUCUCCUUCAUCACGGAGGAGUCUCAUCGAAGACUGGGCAUCAUCGGUCCGCCACCGGCCAACCUCCCGCACCGCAAAUGACACUGGCGUUCUCUCUGCUCUUACUAUGGCCUACCCCAUAACCACCACGUUCGCUCAACUGGAGGCCAAGGAAGAGGACGUAGUCUGUCAAACGAUUCUCGCGCGGUGGGCCAGUGACAACGACAUCGACACGCGCGUAGCCAUUCUUCAGAGUCUAUCGCAAAGCGUGGUGCUGCGCGACCGCGCGCUCGUGUUCUUGGAUCUCUUGGCCGAGGGCCUCAAUGACUACACAACCAACGCCAGAGGUGACGUGGGAUCCCACGUUCGACUCGAGGCGCUGAGGGCUACCAAAUUGCUAUGGAGGAUUGCCUUUGCGGAAGGCGCCGAGGUCGGGUGGCUUUCGACUGCGGUUUCGAAGCUCUUCCUUCGUAUCCUUCGUCUUGCGGCGGAGAAGUUGGAUCGAGUCCGUACGGAGGCGCACGCCGUUCUCGCCCUGACGCUAGAACCGAGCUCUGCGACUAAUUUCACCAAACUGACCUUCUCCUCUCACGAGUACUUCCACACCCUUCUCAACCUCUACACCUCACCAACCUCCCUGCACCCCCUACUUUCAGAGACAGCGAAGUCCGGCCACGCAGCUUGGAUGUGCGAGCUGCUGGCAGGCUACGUCACCUCCGCCGACACAGGCAACGAGGACCUGGUCAUCGCCUCCCGCGCAGCCCUCGCCGACUUCUGCGCGGCGUCCCCCACGAACCUAUCUGCCGUAUGCGUCGCGCUGGUCUCCAACCUCAAGGCGCGACAGGGCCAGGACCGCGUGGUGGUGCCGACGUUGGAGAUUGUGGCGUUCCUCUGCCACGUCGGGCUAUUCCAGAAAUGUCAGGAGCUCGACCUGCGGCAGCUGUGUCUGCAGGUCCAGAAGGCGGGCUAUAAGACGGGCAACGUGAGGAAGUUGGAGGCGUGUAUCAAGGUGUACGGCUGCGUGGCUGGGUUUGAUGCAGAGCUGCAGCUGCCGGUAGAGGUUAGUGACAGGAGACGGGAUGGCAUUCUGGAGGCGAGGAGAAGGCUCGGGGCGCUCAUGGUCCAUCCGUGGCCCCGGGUCAGGAGCCAGGUUGUGGAUGAGCUGUGGAAGCUGUUUGGAGAGGAGGGCGGCGCUGAGACGUUGAAGAGUGUGGAUUGGAGUAGAGCUGACAAGGGAUCUAUUAAGCGUGUUGUUGAACAGCUCGGUUUGGCGCAGACGGCAUAG